AUGGCAAAUGAAGAUGUGAAGACUGUGCAGAUAUCUGCCAGUCUGAAAGACUCGCCGGGUACUAGUAUCGGGGAUGACUCGGAUAGGGAACGACAGCAGAGCCACUCAAACAAAGCGGAAGGCACAUUCGAGGCUGCAGACAAUCAUCACCUCUUCAGGCCUAUUGACAGCUACGAGGGACUUCAUCGCUGGGAUCCGGAUUUUCAAUGGACAGAGCAGGAAGAAAAGAAGAUCGUUAGGAAGAUUGACCUCCGUGUUUGCACCUUUGCCUGCGUGACAUUCUUUGCAUUACAGCUUGAUCGAGGAAACAUCGGCCAAGCACUGUCAAGUACAUUGCUCAAGGAUCUGGAGAUGACAAGUAAUGAUUACAACUUGGGUCAAACUAUAUUUCUUGUCUGCUUCUUACUGGCCGAGAUGCCCUCGCAAUUGAUCUCCAAGAGACUGGGCCCCGAUCGCUGGAUUCCGAUUCAAAUGAUCUCUUGGAGUUUGGUUGCAGCCUGUCAGGCUUUUUUGCAAGGACGCGCAUCAUAUCUGGCCCUUCGGGCCCUGCUAGGACUUUUGGAGGGUGGCUUCAUACCCGACACUGUCCUCUUCUUGUCUUUCUUCUAUAAGUCCAAUGAGCUGCCCAAACGAUUGACCUGCUUCUGGAUCUCCCUAAUAGUUGCUGGGAUUAUCGGCGCAUUCCUGGCUUUCGGCUUUCUCCAUAUUACCGACUCUCAUGGUGGGGGUUCAUGGCGAUACCUAUUCGCAUAUGAAGGCCUUAUAACGGGCAUCAUUGGAAUUAUCGCCGUACUCUGGAUGCCCGCAUCGCCGGUACAAACGAAGGGAGGAUUCCGUGGCAAAAACGGAUGGUUCAAUGAACAUGAAGAAAAGAUCAUUGUGAAUCGAGUUAUCCGAGAUGAUCCUAGCAAGGGUACUAUGCAUAAUCGCCAAGCAAUCACACCACAGCUUAUGUGGGCGUCGUUGAAGGACUUCCAUAUGUGGCCACUUUACAUUAUUGGGCUGAUCUGGAUGAUUCCCUCUGGGCCAGCGACUAACUACCUCACGUUACAAUUACGAUCGCAAGGAUUCACGACUUUCCAGACUAAUUUAUUGGUUAUUCCCUCGGCCGUCGUUGGGAUCAUCACUAUAAUAGCCAUUACUUGGCUGGCAGAGCGUACAAACCAACGCCUACUGUGCGGUGCAGUGAUGGGAGUGUGGAACUUGAUUUUGUUAAUUGCAUUAGAGGUGCUUCCACAAAAAAGCAUGCCCUGGCCUAGAUGGACUAUCCUCACUCUGCUUGUCGGAGGACCCAGUAUUCACCCUGUUCUGGUGGCUUUGACCUCACGAAAUGCUGGGUCUGUACGGACUCGUACUGUGGCUUCUGCAUUGUACAAUAUGACGGUGCAAAUCUCCAGCAUUGUCAGCGCUAAUGUCUAUCAAGCAAAAGACGAACCAUAUUACAGGCAUGGGAACAAGGUUUUGAUCGCACUAGCGGUGUCUGGUAUUGUCCUUUUCAUUGCUGCAAAGUUCUAUUAUGAUUGGCGUAACAAACAAAAUGCAGCCCAAUGGAACGCUAUGACAAGCGAAGAAAGAGAGCUUUACCUACGCGAAAAUCCAGUGUUGACUAACAAGAGAAUUGAUUUCCGGUUUGCUCUUUGA